GCGGCGGUUUCCACAAUUCAGUCAUCUCAGUUUACCAUGGGAGGUGAACGCUCGUGUUGUUGUUAGAAAAGGUAAAUUGUGCAUUUCAUUUAAUCAUCGUCGUUAAAGCUGCGGUUACUCAGUUUGAUCGCUCCGCUACUUGAUGUGACCUCAAACAGACCUUCAGAGCUGUUUGCAAGCUGAACACUGAACUGCUGCAAAGUCAGCCAUGGUGCUGAAGAUCUUCUUCCCACAGUGCUGCAACCUGGCAGACAGUGGGCUGCUGGUCGGCCGCUGGAUUACUGGUUAUGAAUCUGCAGUAGUGCUGGCCGUCAUCCACUACCCAUUUAUCCCCGGACAGGUCAAACAGUACAUACAUCAGAUGCAGGCUCAGAGCGGGGUGGAGCUCUCGGUGCUGGGCUCGUGGAGUUUACCCAAAGAUGGUCAAGAGGGCAUGGACAGCUUUCUCAAAGAUCUUAGCACUAUCUUCCCCCAGGGAAACUGGCUUCAGAUCAGUCGCCAGAUAGGUCAGACAGGUUUCACCUGUGAGGUCCUGAACCGGCAUCAUGGGCCAGAUGAAAGAGCACAUCAGCGGAAGGCAAAUCAGAAGAAGGAAGAGGAGGAUGUGAAAAGCGAUGAUGAAGCUGAACAUGAAGAAAAAGAGGAGGAGGAUGAGAAAGUGAUUUUUGUGCACUAUGAGCAGAGAAAGGUGAUGCUGUCACAGCUUCACCUGAUUCAAAAUGGAGCCUUAGAUCCAACAACUGACCCACCAUCAGAGCUGAGACAGAUGUUCCAGUCAGUCGCCUGCAGUCAGCCUCUGUUCUUCCUGGACAAAUACGAUGAUGGGCCGCUAAAGACAACUCACUGGCAGUCUCAAGGCAGAGAGGCCAGCAUUAUCGUGGAGCUGCUUAAACAGUCAUCUGUACCGCUCUGCUUGUUCAUCACCUGGCUGCUCUCUAUAUGGACGUGGAUCUGCAAUAUUCGCAUCUUCAGCCUUUACCCAGUGCGUUUCCUGUCCAGCAAGUUUUCCACAUGUGUCCAGCUGAGCUACAGAACUGAACACUUGAGGACAAUCAGCUCCUCAAAUCCUGCUGUUGGUCACUUGCAUUUCAUGAGGAAAGCAAACAUCUUGGUGUCAUUCCUGGUGGAUGUGGCUCUUGGCAUUUUGCUCAUGUCGUGGCUCUACAGAGACAACCACAUCACCAUGUUGGCCAACACACUGGUGCCUGCUGCUGAUCACGUGGCUAAAGAACUGGAGGAUCUGUUGCAGUGGUUGAUGGGAGCUCCUGCAGGGCUAAAGAUGAACCGGGCACUGGACCAAGUUCUAGGACGCUUCUUUCUCUAUCACAUUCACCUUUGGAUUAGCUACAUCCACCUGAUGUCUCCGUUUAUUGAGGGGAUUCUCUGGUAUGGAGGUCUGUCAGCCUGCUUUGGCCUGACCUUUGCCCUGUCACUGCUCUCGGACAUGGUGGCCUUGCUCACCUUCCACAUAUACUGCUUUUAUGUCUAUGGAGCCAGACUGUACUGUCUGAAGAUCUAUGGCCUCUCGUCCCUCUGGAGGCUCUUCAGAGGGAAGAAGUGGAACGUCCUGCGGCAGAGGGUGGACUCCUGCUCCUAUGAUCUGGACCAGCUCUUUAUUGGAACACUGCUGUUUACCAUCCUUUUGUUCCUGCUGCCCACCACAGCACUUUACUACCUGGUCUUUACUCUUUUGCGACUGGUGGUGGUGCUUUUUCAGGGAGUCAUUCACCUCAGUGUGGACUUUAUCAACUCCUUUCCUCUGUUUGCUGUGGGCCUCCGCAUCUUCCGCCCCUACAGACUGGCAGAAGGUGUAAAGUUCAGGGUCCUUUGUCAAGAGCCUGGCACAGCUCUUCAUCUGAUGAUGGAGAUUAAUCCUCUAAAGUUCAUCACAGUGGUUCAGACCUACCGCACCCCAACUUACAGCUGUUACCCUAAAGACUCUUGGUUGGAGCUGAUCAAGAAACUGUUUGUUGGGGAGUUGAUUUACCCAUGGAGACACAAAAGCACCAAGACUGACUGAGAGGCACAAGCCAGAGAGAUGGAAGGGGAGAGAUGAUGGAACUGAAUAAAAAGGAAAAAUUAAUGAAUAAUGAAGUAGCAAACAGCAGAUGGAGGGGGAGAGGGAAAAUGGUGAGCAAGAGUGAAACGGGCAUGCUUUUAGGUUUGAUGAGAAGAAUGUUAAAGAACUUGACUAACUUAUUAUUUCCUUAUCUGCUAAAAUGUGAUUAACAAAUAUGCCAUAUGUGUUUCUUUUAUAUUUUCAUUGGUUUAUUUGAAUUUACAAAUUCCAGUUUACUGUAUGUGGCAUUUUUUGGACAAAACACCAAGGGACCAAAAUAAGACAUCAUUUAAAAACAUUCUUAGUGUGUCCAUUGCCUUCCCCAGUAGGUCAAUAAAUCUCUAAAUGUAAAUAUGGUAAAGUACAAAAACUGUAGAGCGACUAAAGUAAAAAGUUACUGUUGUCACACAACUGAUCACCUAUUGCAGUAUAAAUAGACCUGUGUCUAGAUUCUGGUUACUGGUGAAUCUGUAACCUGGCCAGAAACUACACCAUGAAGACAACACUCCAAGCAAUAUGUGAAAGAAGCUUAUUAUAAGGUCCACGUGGGUGCUGGAGUCAGUGUGUUUGGACAGUGAGAGGGAUUCAACGUAUACAGAGCAAAUCUACAUAGAGACUUACUUGGCUGGCUCAUUUUAAAUUCAGCGUGUGGAUGUACGAAGGGCAAAUGCCAAGAAACAAAUCAUCAUUCUGUGGACCUUACAGCAAAUGCUGACACACUGGUGUCGAAAACGAAGAAUAAUGGGUAAUAGGUUCCAGAGUAUUUCCAUUUCCAUGUAUUAAAUUUGUGAUAGUAUCAUAGCAUAAUAUUUUAGUUUUUUAUUAACGGGUUAGCCUAGGUCAAAGAAUUUUAACUGGACAGACUGUUUAUAAACUUCUUAAUCAUCAAAAGGUUUAGUUGAAAUUAAAUAAUUGGUGUUUUAUUUUGUUAAGCAUAUUGCUGCCAUGUUUUCUCCAUACACUGGAACUGAGAACUGUGUUGUUAUUGUAUAAAACAAACAAAGUUGGAUUCUGCUCACAUUUGUCCUUAUUCAUGUGCCUAAUUAACACCCAGUCAUCGUAAACAAUCAGGUUUGCUCAAACACUGCAAGAAUAAGGGGUUAAAGUUGUAUGUGUUCAUCUUCUAGUUUUCCAUACACUGUUUUUUGUGUUGUAUUAGGCAUGUUUUGCCUAAUUGGGCUUAUGUUUGGACACAUGGCACUAAUCAAUGUUCUCAUUUAAAUCUUGAGUACAAGCAGCAUUCGCUAAAUUUGUUUCGCAGUUUUCCAGUUCCUAGUUUAGUGAGUUCCUAAUUAGUAGAUUGUUGCUAUUUUACUUAAUAUUUAACAUUACCCCAUUUGCCUUCAAAACAGUUUGAUAUUUCUAAUUAAGAAUAAUGUUUUUUAUUACACAUUUGAUUUUACUCAUCUUAAUUGGUCCUGAUUGUUAAUUGCAACUGAAUAAAAUUAACACAUUAAUGGUG